AAUUUUUUGAAAUUAUACGAAAAAUGUGUACAACGAAAGCUUGUAGGUCUGACAGAUAUUCUGAUAAGUCACGGAAUGUCUGUGCGUGAUGGUACCGUGCCUGAUCCCGCGAAGCAUGAACGAUCAUUCAGCACGCGAUCAAGUAACAAGGUCUGCCUAUGUUUGGUCGAGUCGAACUUCGAUUUUCUUAAGCGUUACUCCGAACAAUUCACUUGUGUUUGGGCACAUGAAUACUUAGUUCAUUGAUUAGCACACGUUCUUAUAUACAACAACGAUCCGACGAUAUCGGCUAAACAAACUCGGAAUGUUUGAAACUAGGAACUGUGAACAUCGACGUCAGCUUAGUAGUAUACCGGCAACUAUUGCGGGAAGUCCAACUGCAUAUUUAGCACGCAGUAAUUUCCCUUUGCGAAAUUACUUGAAGAUAAAGAGUAAUUUUUCUAAUUACACAGAUCCUGUAAAUUCUGUUCGAAUGAAAAGAUUAAGUUUAAAAUCCAAGAAGGCCAAUGGGAUUCAAAAAUUAGAUUCGAGUAAAAAGAAAUCUAUAGAUUAUUCAGAAAUGGCUUAUAGAGAAGCUGUUUCCAAGCUAAAGUAUUUGCUUGCUGAAUCUUAUGUUUCAAAACCAGUGUUGGGAAAAUCACAGAGCAUUAAAGAUUAUCAGUCUAGUAACAUAAAAAUUAAUGAAUCCAAAGAAGAUGCCAAUGAUAAAAGUUUGGUAGUUAACCAUUGUACAAUAAACGAUUUACCUGAGGAUAUGAAUAGAGUUCUAAAUACACAGUUCACUUCAUGUAAAAAUAUGCGUUCAACGAAAACGUAUAACAAUUUAGCAUCUUUAAGUACAGACUCACAGUCUGUGCCCCCAGAAUUAAAUUCUUUUAUUGAACAACAAGAGGAAUACAUCCAGCAAUUACAACAAGAAUCGCAAUUCUGCAGAAAUCAACUAAAUAAGUUACUACACAAAGUUCGAGAGGUUGUAGCUGAAAAUGAGGCUCUACAUUAUAAAAAUAAAACAGGAUUUUUUAAAUGUGUACUUGAUGAAUAUUCACAUGUCGAUGAAAAUGAUAAUGAGAGCGAUAAAGAAAAGUCAGUUCAAAUUGAAACUUGUGAUAUCAAGAAAUCUAAAACGAUGGAAGGUCCUAAUAUUGUGUUUGAAUCGAGAAUCAGCGAAUUAGAAGCACAACUAACUCAAGCAAAACUAGAGUUGCGUAAAGUGCAAGAGGAAAAUCAACGUAAUUUAAAACAAAUGUCGACAAGUUGUUUAAACAAUGACACGUCUGAAAUGAAAAUACAGUUGGAGAAAGCUUUACGUGCUAAAUACGAAGCUGAGAUGAAAGUACAAGAUUUACAAAAAACUUUAACUUCCAUACGAGAACAGGAAACCGAAGCAUUACAAAAAAUAAAACAAACUGGAGAUGCUAUGCAGCAAAUUCAGUUUGAAAAAAGUCAAAGUGAUAUGGAAAUUAAGAGAUUGAAAGACGAAUUGGACAGACAACACGGCAAACUUCGAGAAGCUACUCAAGAAGCAAGUAAGCGUAUUGCUGAAGAGAGACAACAUGUAGAACGUAGGUAUAGUCAGCAAGUUGAACAAUUAUCUGCUGAUGUAGCUUCCCAUUGGGAUGUAGCCAAUAGAUCUCAAUUAGAAUCUGAAAAACAACGUAGAGAAUUGACAGAACUUAGAAGAGAAUUAUCUCAGAAACAAACGUUUAUUGAGAAUAUAAAGAAAGAAUUACAAAACAAGAUAUCGAAUUUACAAAGUGAUUUGAAUCAAGCACUAACAGAGAAGGAUGCCGCUGAACAAGAGGUUUUAGCAAUAAAAUUAGCUGCUGAACGAAACGAAAGACAAAAUCGCCAAGAACAAAGUAGACUACAAAUUGAAAUAAAUUCAUACAAACAACGGUUGGAGAGGACAGAAACUGAUCUAGUUCACCUAAGAAGAGAAAAUUUAAGACUUUCAGAACAAAUAGCUUCUUUGGAAAAAGAGAUCAACGCAAAUAAACCUCUAGGCUCGGAAGACCUUAACGUACAAGACCCAACGAAAUCGGAAAAUGGGAAGGAAUUGGCUUCUAUGAUAAUAGAUAUGGAAACAAAACAUGCUGCUACAGUGGCUGGUCUAGAAGAUGCCUUGAAUAAUCAGGCUACGAUCGUCUCUCGACUGACGGCUGAAUGCCAAUCUCUCACACAGCGUUUGGAAGCUAACAGCCUGAAGCACAAGGAAGAAAUGGCCAGUUUACAAAACAACAUAGAGUAUUUGUCUGACAAGAUACAAAAUACUUUUAAUAACCAACAAGGAACCAUAUCGAUGGAAAGUAGAGACAUAUCACCUAAUACAUUAAUGCAAGCACAGAAUACGAGUAUUGCAACAGCACCUCACAUAAUUUAUCAGGAACAUGAUAUGAAAAUCAAUGAAAUGAAUAAUCAACCAUUGGAAUCCGACUUGUCCGAUAAAAUAGAGUACACUGUGGAUUAUGAGGCAAAGAACGAUAUAACAAAUACUCAGAUGUAUGAACAAAAUCAAAAUGAAAACGAUGGCCAUGAAAAUACAAUUGAUCACCAAGCUUUAGAAUCGUAUGUACCAGAACAAGAAUACAAUUCGUAUGACCAAUAUAAUGUUAUGGAAAGUGAACAACAAGAACGUAGUGAUGCAAUACAGAAUUCCAAUGAGGUAACAUUAUCUCAGUACUCUGCAUUGGAUACAUAAUAAAGUAGUGUUAUUAAUUGCAAAACUGAACUUAUAUAAAAAAAUU